AUGAGGCUGAACCUGGAAGCGAGACAGAGCAUCGAGGUCUCUGAGACACCGGCCCUGCCACAGCUGGAGCAAGAAGAAGCAGAAUCCAUCAUUUCUGAUGUGUUGGACUUUCCACGUGGAAUUGAGGGAUCGCAAGCUCCAUUUCUUUUCGACGAUCAGUUACGAGGCAGCCAGCAAGUAUGGCUAAAAGAGCCUUCAGUUCGCAAGAGCAUGCAAACCAAUCAUACGAACACGUUUGGUGUUCUCAUUGUUGACGAGGCCCACCGCGUGAAAAGCUUUCGACAUAUCAAAAUGACACCCAAUACUACCAUAGCACAAUCCAGCUCCCGCAACUCAGACUUUGAACUCGCAUAUGCUUCUCCUGUGGUGCUUUCUCUCAAAGGGGCUAUCCUGGAGAGUCUCCGGCAACACAAUAGCAACAAAGGGCAACCUCGUGGCUCAAAUGAUGAGUCUGGAAAGCUGUCCACUGACGGGCGAAAAAGGCGAUCCCAUGGAUCUAGUAGCGAUGAGGACUGCAUGACCCCAGAUGGGUUUCUGAACGAGGACCUACGAGUUGGUGGCCCAUAUAUUUGUUCAUUCCCGGUCGAGAUGACUCUCAUACCCCAGAACAUCACUUGA